AUGGAGAGUAUGCCAGAAAGUUCAACUUGUUUAGAGUUAACCAUAUCUAUUCCUGGUUCUUCCUCUAAUUCUUCGUCUUUCCCUUCUUCUGGUGAAGGUGGUGGUGGUUAUAAUAUGAUGAGAGAGUUGGAUAUAAAUCAAGUACCUUCAAGUGGAAAUAUAAAUGAAGAAGACGUUAGCAUGGGGAAGGAAAAAGAGGAAGAAGAAAGCUCUAAUAUUAAUAUUAAUAUUAGUGGGGCAGCUCCAAGGAAAAAACUCCGUUUAACAAAACAACAAUCUUUUCUUCUUGAAGAAAGCUUCAGACAAAAUCACACUUUGAAUCCAAAACAAAAGGAAGCUUUAGCCAUGCAAUUAAAUUUAAAGGCAAGGCAAGUGGAGGUUUGGUUUCAAAACCGUAGAGCAAGGAGCAAGCUGAAGCAAACAGAGAUGGAAUGUGAGUACUUAAAGAGAUGGUUUGGUUCAUUGACUGAACAAAAUCGAAGACUUAAAAAAGAAGUUGAGGAACUAAGAGCCAUGAAAGUAGGUCCACCAACGGUGUUAUCACCCCACACGUGCCAGCCCCUACCGGCAUCCACCCUCACCAUGUGCCCUCAAUGUGAACGCAUCACCGCGACUAAUGUCAGAGACGAAUCUAAAAUUUAAGAUUAAUUUGUAGGUUCGAAGUGG